CAUUUCUGCUCUGUACGGACAUGUCGGUGAAGUAGAAUCAUUAUAUUUAUGGCGCAGGAGAUCGUCGUCACAAUUAUCUUGUGGCACAGCCUUGCUACGCUUCACUCCUCUCGACCCGGCCAUGAUGUUCGCUCACUAUCCUAGACCUGUUACACAGAAUCUGCAAUCCAAGUUAUUUGGCGACGGGGCGACAAUUCCCACGGAGAUGCUCGAGAAAGAGGCUCAAGCAUUGCCACAAUCACGUGCCCGUGUUUAGUCAUUGGUGGCGGCGGAUGCAACUUUGGCGGCUUCAGUGGUGGGACGAUCCCGUUGCAGCAGGCUGGGCGCUUCGGCGUUAACAGCCCCCCGUACACAGCGCGUUCGCCCGGACUAUAACCUGCGGUUCUUUGACCUCAUCUUGAAAACGUUGUUCAACAAUAUUUUCAACUCAGGAAAUGCAGCCAACAAAGGAUAAUCGUGCCACAACAUCAUGUUCCGAAUGUCAGCGGCGCAAGCAGCGGUGCUCUCGCGAAUGGCCAUGCAAUCAUUGUCAGGCUAGAAAAGUUGCACAUCUAUGUCAAUUUGGAGCGAAGAAAGCGCAACAGGAAUCUCCACCAGAUUCGAAUCGUGAAUCGUCCAACGAGUCCCGAGGGCAAAAACGGAGCUUCCCAGAACCGAGUGAAACGUCGUCUAGUGAGCAACCUGGUGACAUGGAAGAGCCAGAAGAUGGGCUUAAAAUAUGGGGCUUCAUGCCAGGACAUGUGCAUUACAAAGUCGGUAAUGUAGAGGAUGUAGGCAGCAUCGUUCCAUCGUGGACCGCAACUGAUCAUCGCUCAAGACUCCUACCCGAAAAGCUUCUGCAGCGGAUGCUACAACGUCGAAUGCAGUUGAAAAGAUCAUGCAUGUAA